CCGCCCCCUGCUGUCAGUGUUGGGCCGAGCACUGGAAUAAACAGGAGAGGCGGCGCGCCGGAUUGAGGCCGCGUCGGUGCCCGGGGACAGCGGCACACGGAUGCCAGCUGAUCUCCGAGACGGCAGGCUUGCAUGACAGAGUUUAAAUGGUGAAAGUCCCAUCCAAAAGAUGUUGAAUGUGAACACACGCUGCACCUUGGUUACUCACUAACUUGGAUGGAGAGGGUGACAUUCCCAAGAUAAUAUAAAUCUUGCUGCCAUACAGUUCUUUACCUUCUGAUGGAUGAAGACCCUAACGCUGCAAAGCCUUGUUCCCAUGGCAAGUCCUGCAGUCAGCCCCGAUUCUUCCUCUUCUGAUAACCUCAGUCCAGAUGAAUUAGAACUACUGGCAAAGUUAGAGGAACAAAACAGGUUGCUGGAAGCAGACAGUAAGUCAUUGCGGUCUGUGAAUGGAUCGCGCCGGAACAGCAGCGGCUCGCUUGUGUCGAGCUCCUCCGCUUCGAGCAACUUGAGCCACUUGGAGGAAGACACAUGGAUUCUGUGGGGCCGGUUGAUCAAUGAAUGGGAGGAAGUGCGCAAAAAGAAAGAGAAAUUGCUAAGGGAGCUGAUUCGGAAAGGAAUUCCACACCAUUUCCGUGGGAUUGUUUGGCAGUUGCUUUGCAAUGCAACUGACAUGCCUAUGAAAAACCAGUAUUCGGAGCUGCUGAAGAUGACCUCGCCUUGCGAGAAACUGAUCCGGAGAGACAUUGCACGCACCUACCCAGAGCAUGAAUUCUUUAAAGGACAAGACAGUCUUGGACAAGAGGUGCUAUUCAACGUCAUGAAGGCAUACUCUCUGGUUGACCGUGAAGUUGGAUAUUGCCAGGGAAGCGCAUUCAUUGUGGGGCUCCUGCUCAUGCAGAUGCCAGAGGAAGAAGCCUUUUGUGUAUUUGUGCGUUUGAUGCAAGAGUAUCGGUUAAGGGAGCUGUUCAAGCCCAGUAUGGCAGAGCUGGGACUCUGCAUCUACCAGUUUGAGUAUUUAAUACAGGACCAAUUGCCUGAAUUGAAUGUACAUUUUCGGUCACAGAGCUUCCAUACGUCAAUGUAUGCCUCCUCAUGGUUCCUUACAAUUUUUCUCACUACGUUUUCCCUGCCUUUAGCCACUAGAAUAUUUGACAUAUUUAUGUAUGAGGGUUUGGAAGUAGUCUUCCGCAUUGGAAUAGCUAUCCUUCAGUUUAAUCAAGUGGAACUGAUGCAACUUGAUAUGGAAGGAAUGUCACAGCACUUUCAAAAGGUGAUCCCACAACAGUUUGAUAGCUGUCCUGACAAGUUGAUCCUGAAGGCUUACCAGGUCAAGUACAACCCAAAGAAAAUGAAGAAACUUGAAAAGGAAUACACUACAAUCAAAAACAAAGAAAUGGAGGAACAGAUUGAAAUUAAGAGACUCAGAACAGAAAAUCGCCUCCUAAAGCAGCGGAUUGAAACCCUUGAGAAGGAAAGUGCUGCCUUGGCAGAUAGAUUGAUCCAGGGACAAGUAACCAGGGCGCAGGAAGCCGAGGAGAACUACAUCAUCAAGCGAGAGCUGGCUGUAGCAAAGCAACAGUUCAAUACAGCCAGUGAGAAACUAGAACAAGCACAGAGCACCAUUCAGGAGCUGAAGGAGCUCAGGUGUGAGCAUCGUCAUAAAGAGGAAUAUGUGAUGGAACUGGAACAGUCACGUUUGAGAGAGGCUGAGGCACUGACUGCACUCAAGGAGAUGCAAGAUAAGGUCCUGGAAAUGGAAAAGAGGAACAACUUGCUCCCUGAUGAAAAUAACAUAGUACGGUUGCAAGAGGAGUUAAAGGCACUGAAAUUACGUGAGGCGGAGGCAGUGACUUCUAUGAAAGAGCUACACCAACAGGUGAAGGAUUUGGAUGAGCACUGGCAGCGGCACCUUGCGCGAACUGGUGGUCGGUGGAAGGAUUCUCCGAAGAAGAACGCUACACAUGAGCUACACAACGAGCUGAUGACCGUGCGAUUCAGUGAAGCCCAGGCACAGGCUGAACUGCGAGAGCUGAGGCAUAGAGUACUGGAACUGGAGACACAGAACCAGGUAAACAGCAGCCUUCUGAACCGGACGGAGCAGGCUUGCACUGGUCUGCAGGACAAGCUGCAGUACGUCACAGCACAGAACAAAGGACUGCAGACUCAGCUCAGUGAGACCAGGCGCAAGCAAGCCGAGGUGGACUGUAAGAACAAGGAGGAGGUUAUGGCCAUACGAUUUCGGGAAGCAGAUAGCAUUGCAGCCAUUGCUGAACUUCGCCAGCGUAUUGCUGAACUGGAAAUCCAGAGAGAAGAAGGAAGAAUCCAGGGUCAGCUGAACAACUCCGACUCCAAUCAGAUUAUUCGAGAAUUGAAGGACCAAAUCACAGAAUUAAAAACAGAGAUCCAGCUUUUCAAAGGUCAAGGGCACUUUCAAACCCCGAUGAGUUUCGACGGCAUUCACAUUGUGAACCAUAUGGUGGAGGAUGAUGAAUUCAUUCAAUCCUCUGACGAGGAUCUCUUACCGAGCCCCAUGGGAGUGAGUGAUCUGCAGGGAGAACUGUACCCAAUUCCCCACGGAACCAGCCACUUCCUCAGAGGGCUGGAGAUCUCGGGAAAGGACAGUGAUGGCAGCACCGACAGCGAUCAGGAAGAUCGGAAUUCUGCACUGGAGCUUGAAGCGGACAUGACGAAUCAUGUGAUGUGCAACGACAGUCCAAAUAAGGCGCCAUCCAUCUCUACAACAGUCUAAUGGGGGGGAACCACGUAAUCUAAGCUCUCCUGCAUUCCACCAAAUGAAACUUACUGUGUGAGAGGCCUUCCUGAGCUGCUCAUUACUUCUCUGAUUUGGGUCUAACAUUAAAUUCCACUCACUUGCCAACAAAAUAUGAUACUUGUAGGGGAGUUUUUUGUUUAAUCAGCCGUGUUGCUCUCUGAUCAAGCUGUAGAAUCUGCCAUUUCUUCCCAGUGAGGGAAAUGGGUCUGGAAUUGGGUAAUGUUGAAAGAGUUGUUGAGUUUCUCUGGUAUAUGUGUUCUGAAAUCCAGAUGCCUGAUAGGCAAAAUGUAGCUCCACUGUGGUGCUCGGUUUUCGUGGAGUAACCACCAGUCUUCCAUGUGUGUGUCCCAUGUACAGCACAAAAGCUAACGUCAGCACUUAGAGGUUAAGGGUAUGAGCCUGGUGUUUGUGGCAGCUGUGUUCUUGUCUCUCACAGCCCUGCAGUGGACUCUGCACUUUGGAUUGUCUGGAAUCCCUGCACCAAUAGCUCACCAUUCCUGAUGCCUCGGUAGUCAAACAGUAAAAGUGGCAGUACUGCACCAGUCAUACAUUUAAUGGGCAGCCCAGUUGGUCUAGUUGACAGCACUAAAUGCUCUAACAGGGUACCAGACUGAUUUGGAGCCCACUGGCAAUGGCCAGAAUCUGACCAAUCCCCCGAUUGCUUUAGAAUCUCAUCCACAAUGUAUCUGGUUGAUGCAGAACCUCACUAACACCAUGACUGAAACUAUGCCUUGGUGAUUUUCCAUCACUAGAUGUUGAGUUGACUUCCUAUUAACCAGUUGGAAUUAAGGUCAUCAGUAAACAUAAUGUAGUUAACGAAAAGUUAUUCAAGCAAAGCAGCACUCUUGAAUUUUCCAGUCCACACUGCUUGGAUUCCAUGUAAUUAAACCAGAAACUGUUCACUUGGUUUGGAAGUGAACAUAUUCAUAUUUUACUAUCUGCACAGUAAUAGAAACUGCCCAUUUCUUAAGGGAUUUUUCUAAACAUUAAUCUGGGGACUAUUCUGUCAGCUUGUUUUUUGAGUUUUUAAACUGUGUUUGGAACAAGUUCAUACUGUCUGCACUAGGGCCUUGAGCUUACAAUGUUUCCAAACCUUCUGCCCCAAGCAUAAACAGAUGAAUUUUAGCAUUUCAGAACAGGGUACCCUUUGCCCCUGUUCGUCACGGGACAUGGCACUCUCCUGACUCCUCAGAAAAAAAAAGCAGUUGGUUUGUGUAAAACUCACACACAUACUCUUUGAGUGGAGGCCAUUGGAUCGCUGAUGCACACUCAACAAACCAAGCAUCUUAGUGAUUCCUCCACUUGCAUUUCGCAUGUUUCACCAAAUUAUCUCCCGUGAAAUCUAGGAAAGUAUUAUGCUACUUAUGCAAAUUAUUGGUCACUAAUCCUCCUGCAAGGUAGGCCUGGAAUUUAUGCAAAAUCAAUCACUCAUUUUUUUUAGCACCUCUGUUAGAGAUGAGAAUUUCAUGUAUUCAGCAACACUGCUGAAGAAAGAGGUGGUAGGCUGUCUGUUCAUUAGUUACCUGUCAAUAUUUUUACAAUGACACUCAUUUAGCUUGUGGUACAGUGAGUUUUUCAGUCCUCAGCUUCUAUGCUCAACCCUCGAUAAAACUGCCCAGAUAGUGGAGCAUGGAAUGGGAAGAAGGAUUUUGUAGGUAUCUGAACCUUCAUGUGUAAGAGGGUACAUAUGCCUUUUAAUGAUCAGUACCCCAAGGGUGAGGUCAGGAAUUGCCUGAGCUCACUGUUACAGUAAAUACCUAUCACUAGAUGUUGAGAUUACUUUCUAUUAACCGAUUGGGGUUUGGACCACAAAUAUAUCUGCACAGUAAUAGGAACUGCCCAUUUCUUAAGCAACGUUAUUGAAUUUUCAAGCCCCUUGGUCCUUGGAUAUUAAACAAACUGAUAACGCAAAGUGAAGUUGUUCCUCAGAGAACUGUUGUUCACACACUGCUGCAGAGCCUAACCACACCACCUGUUCCACUGCUUUAUUGGGCUCUUGAUAUCAGCAGGUCUUGCAACAUCAUGCCACUAUCCAGGCACUGCAAGUGGGUUCUCUUGGACUUUGUGUCAUAUUGCAUCAAUAUGAACAUCGUUAACAUAUGAAGUACAGGCACGUCAGUUAAAAUUGCCUCAUUUUAUCAUGACCACUGCUUGGAAGGUCAGAUCCAAAAUAUAGAACUCGUUUUUAUUGAAUCACUUUUUAUUUUUUGCAUGCGUUCUAUAAAUGUGAUGAACAGGGCAGUUUUCAACCUAUUUGAGAAGACUCUGGCU